AUGAAGGUAACGCCACCGAGCUAUAUUCCAGAUGGACAUUGUGGGUAUUGUAAGGAUUCUAAGCUAGACCAUUAUGCUUUGGAAAGUGAAAGUCGAAGAAGGGCUGGUUUUGGUGGUUUGGUGAAAGAAUCCAUGACGAUAGGGAUGUCGAUUUGGGAAAUGACGUGUCAAGAGUAUGACGAGCUUAUAAAUAAAGGUUUUAGACGAUCGGGGACUUUUCUAUAUAAGAAUGAUCUACUUAGAUCGUGUUGUCGGCUAUAUACGAUUCGAACCAACUUCUUGCACUUUCAAAUUUCCAAGAAACAACGGAAAAUUGUCAAUAAGUUCAUUAAUGCUAUAUGUCCGCUAGCUAGUGAAUUAUCACCAUUGGCCAAGAAUACUUUUGAUUUGGGUAGGUUAAUCGAGGCAAUUUUGAAAUCUAAGGACUUUUAUACAAAGUUUGAGCCGUCGAGCUUUUCUAGGGAGAAGUUUGAAUUAUAUAAAAGAUACCAAGUCCGAGUACAUAAUGAUGAUCCCGAUGAUGUUGACGAGGAAUCAUUUAUUAGGUUUCUUUGUAAUACACCCUUUUCAGGGAAUGAAGUGCAAGGAAAACCUCAAGAUUGGGAAAAUUUGAAAAUUGAAAAUUGGCCCAAAAAUAAAUCAGCUGGUACAGAUUAUUGCCGACAAAGUAAACGAAUUGGACCAACUCACGAGUGCUACUAUUUGCAUGGCAAGUUAAUAGCCAUAUCGGUUCUCGACUUUUUACCGAGUGGUAUUUCUUCAAUAUACUUUAUAUGGGAUCCUGAUUAUGCGUAUUUAUCAUUGGGUACAAUACUGGGAAUCAAGGAAAUUCAAAUGUGCAAUGAAUUAGAAUAUGAUUGGUAUUACCUUGGGUACUAUGUUGAGGAUUGUCCCAAGAUGAAGUAUAAAGAUCAAUUUGGUGGCGAAAUCUUGGAUUUGUGUACAGAGACGUAUUAUCCUCUAGCAGAGGUUAGGAAAUUUAUUCAAAAUGGCAGGUUAUUUGUGAUUGGUGAGGCUGACAGGGGUAACAAAGGAGGAGGAGAAGGAGAGAAAGGAGGAGGAGAAUUCUUUAUGCCGGAUAAUCAGUACCCAAAUGAGGGACAUGUAAAAGAUGGGUUUACUAAUGUUGCCGAGAAAUUGUAUGGGUCUUGUGAUGUUGAAAUAAUUGCGAAUAAAGCAGGAAAUGAAUUAGCCAACAAAUACUCCGUUUCAAGAACAAAUCAGUAUAAUCUACCGAAUGUAAUUCCUGGAGUUUUCCCAUUGCCUCAGAUACUUUAUUGGUUUCAAAGUGGAGCUCUUGAUAGUGACUUUGAAACAAGAUUACUUAUUGGAGGUAGAUCUAAAAAAGUUAAGUUUUCUCAGUUAUCUGAUGAAGGAAAAGGAUUAAUCAUCGAUUGUAUAAGAUUAUUCGGUAUUGAGAGGAUGAAACAAGUAGUUCUCGUUUUUUAA